UAUGGGGUUCCAUAGGUGGAGCAAGGAGGCGUUAGCAUGGACGAGACGCACGGCUCGUCUAUUGGACAGCAAGUGCACAAGGAUACGCCUCACCGCCUCGCUAAGCUUCAAUAUUUUGUCUUUUUUGGACGGAACUGGAGAACAGGAGAACCACUCUAACACACACUAUCCCUUUUACCAUGCUAGCCGUUUAGCCAUGGCGACUUUACUGUAGCGUCUAGGUGUCGACUUGUGUUCCUUUCCUUCUUUAUUUGGAUUUUAAAUUUGUCUUUCUUUUUUUCUCUUCAUUUAUUCCACACCAAAUGACAUCGCCUCUAUUUUUUAGUCCGCUGCUCGGGGUUCCUUUAGAAAUAAUGGAGCCCAACACUGCGGAGAAAGACACAACUUACACUAAGAUAUUCGUCGGAGGUUUACCUUAUCACACCGACGACACGGCACUUCGGAAAUAUUUCCAGACUUUCGGGGACAUCGACGAAGCGGUCGUGAUUACGGAUAAACACACCGGCAAGUCCAGGGGAUACGGCUUUGUGACCAUGGUGGACAGAGUGGCCGCAGAGCAGGCGUGCAAGGAUGCAAACCCAAUUAUCGAUGGCAGAAAGGCCAAUGUCAACCUGGCGUACUUGGGAGCCAAACCACGCAGUUCGCAGACAAGUCUCUCUGCUAGGGUUCAGCAAGUCCGCCCUGCAUGGGCUCAAAGGCACUACGGGCUUGGUCAUCCUUACAUCUACCCGCAAGCGUUCCUCCAACCCAACCUGGUGCUCCCCACCCCUUACCUGGACUACGGCUCCGCCUACAGCCACUUCACUCCCUCAGGACUGGAGCAGUACCCGUACAGUCCAUCACCGGGAUACCUCAGCUACAGCUUGUCACCCGGAACGCCGACGCCCACUCUCACCGCAUCACCAACCCCGCCGGCGAACACCCACCCUCCUCUGGCCGCACUCUCUGCGGUUCCUGUGCCCCCGCAGGCCCUGGUCCCUUACGCCGUGCCACAGCUCCACCGUGCACAGUAAUGGGCCGAUAACAAUGUGACUGUGACAUCAUCAGUAUGAGACCGGACAAGAGGUGGAUGCUGUAAUCAAAAAGGGCUGAUAGAAAGUACUCCUGACUUUUUUUUGUAUAUUUUGAUGUAAGAAUUAAUACAAAUGUUAUUACUACUGUUUCUUCAUACAACCUGAAUGUUCUUCUAAGUCAAAGAAAGGCUGGAGUGAAUGAGCCCAGAGACUGUCGAUCACAUGACUCAUGGACAGCAAAUUAGGAAAAACAUUUUUCUUAGAUUAUGUGCUGCAAGGUUUAGAGACAUUUCCCUUUCCGCCAAUGCAGUUCUUAUUACCUCCUCUUUAAAGAUUAUCUUUCUAGUCAAUCAAUAAAAUCGUCAAUAUAAAUAUUGUUACAUUUGGAGCAGGAAAGUUGUUGACAUUUGGCAUCCCUUGUUUAUGUGGAACCCCGUUUGUUGUCUCAAACAAAGCCAUACGUUACCUUUAAUACAAAUAUGCAAAAAUAAAAGCAAUGUUUCCUAUUAA